CGGAUGUUUACUCUAGCUUCCUGCAGAUGUGAGUGCAGGUGAAAUCGUGGAGCAUGAAGUUGUUAGCAGGGUUGUUUCUCUGUGGCUAUGUUGCUGUUGCCACUGCAGCGGAAUGCACACGAGCAUGCUCCGUUCUCACUGAUCCUGAUCUUGUACCUUGCUGGCAGCAAAGCACAGAAUACUUUGCUCAGACUCUGUCCAAGGCCAUAGAGGACUUUGCUGCCAUCAACGUCCAUGUGUCUAGGUGGAAGCAGAACCACAAGGAGCAGAGUGACAAAUAUGCUGAGUUUGACCACGAAAUUGUGAACAAGACACUGGAUGGAAUGGAUUUUGCUGGAACUACGCUAAGCAAAGAGGAUCUGGCUGAGAUUUAUAAUUUGAUUCUGAAUAAGACAAGGAAAGUUGAACCAAAUUAUGAGCAGGAAGAUGAACUGGUUGAGCUGCCUCAUGUUGAGUGCCCUGUUCCAUGCUCGUACACAGUCACCAUGUGGAUUGCCCUGUUCUCAGUCAUGAUUGUUGUCACUUUUCUCACAUUAUUGGUGACAGGGGCAUACUUGUUUACUCUCCAUAGGAUGCAGAAAAGUCCACAUUCCAAACCCUUGGUGUCUACUCCCAGCUAAUGUGUUAUUGCAAAUAACUGUCACAGCUUUUAGGACUUCCCACAGCUGAUUUAGAAGCCUGUGAGUCUUAUGAGCAUAAUUUUCAUAACAUUUAUAUUGGUACUAAAUUUUCACAAGAUAUCUGAUUUUGAAAACAAUUCAACACAUAUGUUUGUGUAAAACUUCAUAUUUGAUUUAUUUGUUUUAGAAAAAUAGCUGUUUAUCUGCAACAGAAAGUAUGCUAACAUGACCACAGAGCUGAAAUGACU